UUGCCUAACCCGAGGCCCCGCAGCUCCUGCUCGCCCGGUCCCCGCCGGACGGUCCGAGACAGCUCAUCCAAGGAGACCGCCGUGCUCUCGACCCACGUGGUCACUCCGGAGCAGGUGGGAGUGGGCUGCGGGCGGAGCGGCAAGGACAGGCGCGGUAGACAGCCCGGGCGGCCGCGGCGGGGACCUGGCUGGGGGAGGCCAGGCUUGCGGCGGGGCGCAACGGUGUCUCCUUCACUUCGCCCUCCAGCCGCGGUGGCUGCAGCGCAACUUCCAGGUAGCGGAGUGGCCUCAGCUGCGAGCCGAGCGGUGGCGGCAGCGCCCCUCAGGACACCCGCAGAUCACCUUUUCCCCGCGACUUCGCCAUGGCUGAGUGUUGUGUGCCAGUAUGCCCACGGCCGAUGUGUAUCCCUCCACCGUAUGCUGACCUCGGCAAAGCUGCCAGAGACAUUUUCAACAAAGGAUUUGGCUUUGGGUUGGUGAAGCUGGAUGUGAAGACGAAGUCAUGCAGUGGUGUGGAAUUUUCAACAUCUGGCUCAUCUAAUACAGACACUGGCAAAGUUAGUGGGACCUUGGAGACCAAGUACAAAUGGUGUGAGUAUGGUCUGACUUUCACAGAGAAAUGGAACACCGAUAACACUCUGGGGACAGAGAUUGCAAUUGAAGACCAGAUUUGUCAAGGUUUGAAACUGACUUUUGACACCACCUUUUCACCGAACACAGGAAAGAAAAGUGGUAAAAUCAAGUCUGCUUACAAGAGGGAAUGUAUAAACCUUGGCUGUGAUGUUGACUUUGAUUUUGCUGGACCUGCCAUCCAUGGGUCAGCUGUCUUUGGUUACGAGGGCUGGCUUGCUGGGUACCAAAUGACCUUUGACAGUGCCAAGUCAAAGCUGACCAGGAGUAACUUUGCAGUCGGCUACAGGACUGGGGACUUCCAGCUACACACAAAUGUAAAUAAUGGGACAGAAUUUGGAGGAUCAAUUUAUCAGAAAGUAUGUGAAGAUUUUGACACUUCAGUAAACCUUGCUUGGACAUCAGGUACCAACUGCACUCGUUUUGGCAUUGCAGCUAAAUACCAGUUGGAUCCCACUGCUUCUAUUUCUGCAAAGGUCAACAACUCUAGUUUAAUUGGAGUGGGCUAUACUCAGACUCUGAGGCCUGGUGUGAAGCUUACACUCUCCGCCCUGGUAGACGGGAAGAGCUUUAAUGCUGGAGGCCACAAGCUCGGGCUCGCCCUGGAGUUGGAGGCUUAGAGAGACCUCUGGGAACAACUGUCAGAAGAUUUGGCCUUAAUAUAUUUCCAUGCGACCAGCAGGCUCCCCCUUCCCCCCCAGAAGGUGAUCACAUCAAAGGAUGAUUAAGCAAGAGCUGUAUUUUAAAUAUUUAGACAGUCACCUAUUGGCUGGUUCCUCGUUGGAUGGUUAUAGUUGGCAGUGCUGCCGUGGUGCGGCCUCCUAUACAUUAUUUAAAUGUAUUUAACUGUUAAAUGUGCUACCCACCGAUGAUGAAAUAGACGUUUAUGAAAACCGUGCCAUGGUGUGCAUGUUUGUUUUAUGUUCCUUUUAACAUUGACUAUUGUACUGAAUGAGAUGGAUCAGUGGAUGUUUUAAGAUGAGGUAAAAGAUUUUUUUUUUUUUGUUAUAUUCACCCAUCAUUAGAAUUACUUUGGUAACCCCAAACAUGACAAAUUAUGAAUAAAACAAGUGUACAUAACUAA